AACUGAUCCAACCGGUAGCAGCACGAGAGUUCGUGGUCCAACACCGUGAGCAUCGAUCCGGCGUUGAACUCGUUCCAUGCGCGGCAAACAACAGCCACUGGCGCACCAGGAAGAGGAUCCUGACGAAUCCGCGCAGCUGGGUAGCUCGGGCAACGUGCAGCAACCCGGCGGUCACCUCGAGGCGUUGGUCCACGCAGGCAAGGAGCUCGCGGGCCUGAAGACGAGGCCGACGACACCCGUCCUGGCGAACGACGGAGGGGGCGGCUUCUGGCUGGCCACGGUGGCCGCGGGGGCAGGUGCCCCAGCCGGGCUGCCCCCGCACGGGACCCAUCAUCCAGCCAUGGAUCCGACAUGCGGGUCCGCGGAGACCGGGUUCAUCAACAGCCAACCCUCCAUGGCGGAGUUCAUGACCGCCUUGCCCCAGCUGGCCGGCGACGGUAGUCUACAACACUCGCCGGGCACCGGAGGAUCCAUCAGCCCUGGAUCCCAUCAUCCUGGGUACCACGCGAUGAUGGAUCCUCACGGGGUCGCCGACCCCUCCGUCAACGUGCCCGAGUACCCCUGGAUGAAGGAGAAGAAGACUACCAGGAAGAGCAACCAGCAAGAGAAUGGUCUGCCGAGGCGGCUGCGGACGGCCUACACGAACACGCAGCUCCUCGAAUUGGAGAAGGAGUUCCACUUCAACAAAUACCUGUGCCGGCCGCGGAGAAUAGAGAUCGCCGCGUCGCUGGAUCUCACGGAAAGGCAGGUGAAGGUGUGGUUCCAGAACCGGCGGAUGAAGCACAAGCGGCAGACGCUGAGCAAGGAGGACGGCGACGAGAAGGACGGCUCGACGUCCGACGGUAUGGAGAAGUCGAAAGGCGAUAAGCUGCUGUCGUUGGACAGCGACGAGAAGAAGAGCUGCCACAACUGUGAUAUCUCCGGGGUGAGCGACGUGGGUAGCACGUUAGCCGGCGACGUGACGGAGUUGAGCUCGUCUGGUCGCCGGAACAGCAGCAACAACAACAACAACACCCCGAGCGCGACAAACAACAAUAACAACAAUAACAACAACAACAACAGCAACCCGGGUUUCAACGCGAACAGCAACGGCGCGAGCAGCGUGGGCAGCACUAACAGCGUGUCGAGUUCGUUCGAGAAGAUGAUAGCGGACGACGACUCGAGGUCGCAGGACGGCAGCGAGGUGACGUCGCCGAGCGUGGCCUCGAAGAAGCUGUCGAGCGACGUCAGGGUGAAGGUGGAGAGCGGCCACAAGAGCCCGAACCCUGGCAAGCAGAUCUCCGUGAGCAAGAAGUCGCCGUCGGCCAGCACGAAGGAGCUCUGCUCGGUGAACAGCAACGGGGUGUUGCUGGCGAUGCCGGACUCCACGGUGAGCACACCCGUGUUACCUGGCCAGAACUCGACGAGAAGCCUGACGCCGUCUUCGACACCCGGCACCCCGGUGUCCGUGCAACUGCAGCAGGGCAGUCCGCUGGGGAUCCAAGCCACCCACGCGGCGUACAUGCAGCGGCCCAGGAGCUCUCCGUCCUCGACCAGCUCGGUGGCGCCGCCCAUGAUGCACGGGUCCACGAACGCAGGCACCAUGUCUCCCCACGGGGGCAGGAGCAUCUCCAACGCCCAGCAGACCCAUUUCCAGCAGCAGAGCGUCUACCAGUCGACCGCUGCCGUCGACUAUCGAAACGGCGUGCCGAACAGGCAAGCUGUCCCAGCAGCGACGCAACAGUCGCAGUCGCAGAGCAACUACUGCUCCCGAGAUAGCUACCAGCAGCCUAGGAUCUCGUACCCGGGCGAGGUCCAUCCGCUGUACGCGAGACAGAGCCAGGUGCUGGGGUCCAGGGUGCCUCAUCACGUGAGAGGAACAACCGGCAACGCUUCGAGGACGAUGUACAACGCCGGCUCCAUGCAGUUCCAUCAGCAGCAGAGUCAGUACAGCAACACCGGCGGCGAGUACAACGGGUAUCCCCAAGCUGGGCCGCCUUAUCACGCGUCUUAUCAUCGAGGCAUGCAAGGCAGCAAUGCCUACGGGCCCAGCCAAGGCUACCCCCAGCACGAACAGUCCACCGAGAGCUACAUGGCUCCGGGGAACUACAGCUAUCCGGUCAGCGGUAAUUAUCACGGGGCCGGCGAGAAUCUGACCUCCCACGGCCACGCGGCCGUGUCCGUGCAGACCGGCCAGCACUACUACAACGACAUCCAGCAGCAACAGCAGCACCAGCAACAACACACGGCGGAGGGCUACGUGGCCCAUCAACCGCCCAUGCACCCCAGCUCGGGCGAGUACCGGCCGGGAAACAAGUGUCAUCCGAACGCCUACUACGAGCAGGCUAGUCAGCUCCACGUGCACCAAGGCGGAGAAGCCUCCAACAUUCCGAACAGUUACGUCUCCUCGCCCGAUCCGUUCCCAGCGCCCGGGAUGACCACCACGGCCACUGCCAUCGCCGCUGCCACCGCGGCUGUCAUCACUCCGCCCGGCAGCACGGGCCAAGCAGAAGGCAACGCCGAUUCUUACGGGAACUACGGAAACUUCUACGGGGACCCUGUCCAUGGUGCCGCUCCGCCGCCGUCGGCCGAUAACAGCAACAGCUCCUCGGACUUCAACUUCCUGACGAACCUGGCCAACGACUUCGCGCCGGAAUAUUAUCAACUCAGCUGAGUUCACGAGACCGAGAAUCCUUGCCAGCUGGACUGGAGCGACGAGCAGUGCUUGCUCAACGCGCUCUACUGAUCAUUGUGAUGUGUACAUAGUUGAUCGUGCGCGGGUGUCCUGUCCCGAGGGUCGGAGACACGGUGGAGACAUUCCGGUGAACCUUCUUCUUCGGGCUCGUCCUCCGGGUUUUCGCGGUCGCGAGUGAUACCGUGCCCGUCGAACUCUUCGGGUGAUCUUGCCGCGAGUUCUAGGCAGCUGGGGAACGUGCUCGGAAUGCUUCCGCAAGGACGCGGAGCGACUCGAAACGGUUCCGAGGUCCUGCGUCUUUGACGAAGCAGUCCGAACGCUUGCGACGUCCGACAGAAUUCGAGCGUGCGAAUCGUGAACCGACGGUCGCGGGCUCGGAAGUGACGCAGCUGGGUUCGAAUCGGUGCACUUUUCUCGAUGGUGUCGUCGUCGGUCUCUCGGUGCAACCGGUUUGUCGUUUAGAAAACGUGGCUCCGCACCGAUGCGAACCUCGACGCGUUUCUACCGAGCGCACUUUGGUUCGACGAAUACGAAGUGGGGCGCUUUCGCUGACGAUCGUCUCCGUCCGUAAACAAUCGUUGCUACGAACUGAUAAUUUUCGACGUUCGACGAAAGCGAAGCCGAUCGGCAAGUGAGAUCGACGGGGACAUGGAUCAUCCGGAUCGACGUGCCGGUGCGUGUAAAUAGUGCGGGACGAAGCCGAAGAACUCGGUUCCCGGGAUCGGGAGCCCGCGGUGCAAGUGCAAUCUUUCGAACGCGAACGAUUUCUCGAGCUAGCCAGCCCCUGUGCACGCGUGAACGUGUUUCUGGCCGGCCGCCGUGCGCCAUUUCGUCGGCCUCGCGGCGGCGCCAUCUUGUCGACGCGGGGACGGAGAUCGACGGGUGCGAUCAUCUCGUCGGGUCAUCUCGGCCGGAUUACGCGCGCGGCGGCGAUUUAUAAUAUUCGAGAGAGUCUGUGAAGCCUGAUAGAUUCGCGAGCAAUAAUUGAUAGUGAGAGAACGCGUGUACAUAGAACGGCAGUGGGAACGUGUGAUGUUAACGUGCUGGCAGCCGAGGCGUUGCUUAUUAGCACAACCAAUUGCAGUUAUGUUCCUCGUAUUCUACGUUCGAAUUCUCAGAACUCGGUUGCAAAAAUGAUAGAUUCGGUUUUGCGAUAGAAACUGGUAACGAUAUCGACUUUCAAAAAGUUAUUAAAGAAGAAAGUUCGAGUAAAUCUCGCAAGAUUGUUAGCGAUUUGAAUUUUCCUUGCAAUUAGAAGUACAGAUGAUAUAUAACCGAACUGUAUUUACACAGCCUUUCGGGACAAUUUAACAAGCAAAUUAUCCGACAUUCAACAUCGCGGUUCUUAAUUUUGAUUAAUCGAAGGUGGAAAGGUCGGCUGCGGGCGCGUUAACGAGAGAUCUUAGCGAACACAGGGAGUAUACAAUCCGAGUGGGUGGAGUAGGUGCAAUGCGUUAAUUUUACUUAAGAACAGAACAUAAUCGUGUAACUGCCUACUGUAAGAAUCCGAAAAUUCGCUCUGGACGCAGUGAAACAGAUGUGCGGGGGGAGAGGAACGUUUCCGCGGAGGAACCCUCGUUUUCGGGGUCCUCGUCGCGUCUCUUCGACAACGCCGCUCCCCCGAAAGACAUUCAGCGUCCGACGAGACUGCCCGAAACGUUCCGAGUUUCGUUUAGUUCGUUUCAACGGUGCUUACUUUUUACCGCACGCCGGACUACGUUUCUUUCUUCUUCUCUUCUUUUUUUUUUAUUUCUCCUAGAGUUAACGAUACAACAUUUUCAUUUUGAAACCGCCCAUCAUUUCGUUCACGGACCCCGCGUUUCCGGUUGGAAUCUCUGCCGCUGUCGGGACGAGGCGAAAUGUCUGUUCGAGGUCUUCCGACUCGAAACCGUGUCCGCUGGAAGCGUCGAUUGAAGGUCGGCGAAUUCUGCACCGAAUUGGCGAACGAUUGGCAAAUUGCAAGCAAGCGUGCGGUUUAAGGGUAUCAGGGAUCGCGUCGAAAGGAAGUCUCUCAGAACUGUUCGACAACAAUGCUCGAUAAUUCCUUUCUCCCGGAAAGAAAUCUCGAAGGAUUGAGAAACUGCAGGCCGACGGUGGCCAUCUUCGACGGUCGUCGAUGACGACCCUUUCAAGCCGAACCAGCUGCGACUUGCUCGGGAGCACAGAUUUACCUUCAAACGACAACACGAGUCCAUAGAAACUUUUCUCGUUACCGUUCGGGCCCCGUCUGCCGAAGAAGCGAGCCACGCGUGAAUCGGGGCAGCUUGUAAAACGUGGUUAAUUGUAAAACGUGUCUCGUUUCAUGGUAAAUAAUAACGUUCCUCGACGCGCGCGAAGCGUGAAACGGCGAGAACUUCGGAAUUCAAUUCGGUCACAUUUUUCGUCGGCUUAACGAAACUCGUAGAAUUCUGCUCGAUUGUAAUAACGACAUCGGACAUAGCCUGCGCGCGUAAUAAAUUGUAGAGAAUAUCACGGUGCACGAUAAUGAACGAUAAAAACGGCAAACAGCGGUGGAAGAGAGUACCGAAACCGAUCGAGAGCAGACAAUUGCUUGUCGUCCCGAUGGCGGACCGUAACUUUAAGCGAACCAAAUAAAGGUCAUCGUCAUGAGCCGAUAGUUAAAAUACGAGGUAAGCUGUAGCUAGCGGACGUGUAACAUUGAUUUUCACCUGAACAGCGGGAAUAAGAAGCCGUCGUCUGGCUUGUAUAAAAGCAUUAGGAGCCAUGGCUGUUUACACGAGGAAUCUUCUUUGUACAUAGCGCGCUUACGUUAAUCGUAACACACAUACACACACAUACACAGGAAACGAGGCGAACGUAUCGACACUGGUACAUACACACGUAUAAGAGGAACAGAGACACGACACCGUACACAUGUACACACGUCCACCACACGUUGUUUAUUCAAUUCUGAAUGUAUAAUUCCCGAGCGACGAGGAGGAUAUCCUCGAUUCGAGCGAAAAAAAAUCUAUCAGUGAUCAUCGCACACACGUGUACAUUCGUUCACCGACGCAAAAUACAGGUCGUACCAAACUUAAA